CCUACACUUGCACAAAUUGUUAAAAUAGUUUCAUAAAUGCUUUCAGCAGACAAAUCUGUUAUGUGGGUGAAUGCAAUGAAAUCUUCUUUAAGGAUCGGUUUGUUUUCAUUCAAAAUGUACCGAAUGCAAAGUGAAAACUGCUCUUUCCCAGACACAUCAAGCGUUUCAUCUCCUAAAAUGGAAAAACACUCUGCACUGUUUACAGACUGAACCACUUUUUUCUGUAUAAGGCUUAUAUAGGUUGCAUUUCGUGCAGAGUUAAAAAUGUGUUUUUUAGAACUUUCAUCGGUGACUGCCCGGUACCUGAGUAAGGCUCGAAAUUUGCCCUCCUUUUCUAAAGGUUUUUCGGGCGUCAGUGGCCCACUGUCCCGAUGUCCCCGAAGAGGUAUUUCAUUUUCUCGACAUAAUAUAAUUGUGUCAAUUAUAGGCUUGAGUGAAGCUCUGUUUUGUUCUCUUUCUUUUCUCUUCUGCGAAUCCAACAUCACUGUGAUAUCUUCCAUUCGGCCAGAGUCGACCUUCAUAAAGUUUUCUGCAGCUAGACAAGAAAAUUUGUGGUACUCAGAGUUGCUGUGAGAGGUGAAUUUAUCUAUUGCGUCUUUCCACUUUCUAAAAGGCA